UCAAAGAUGGCGGACGCAGCAACAGACGACGGGGCCCCUCCGUGUAAGAAGGCGGCGCCCCCUUCGUGUUGUCCCGAGGUUUAUGUUACCAAACCUCCGCAACCUAAAGAGAAGAAACCGGGACAACUCACGGCGAAACAAGUCGACCAGUUUUUCGAAGAGGGUUACGUCUUGGUGAAAGACUUCUUCACGCCGGAGGAGCUCCAGCCCGUCCGAGAUGCUGUGGAAGACUUGGUGGACAAACUGGCGGACAAGAUGCACAAGGCCGGCAAGAUCAAAGACACCCACAAGGGGGCGGGCCUGUUCCAGAGACUCACGCUCCUGGAGAAGGAGUUUCCCGGCACGGCAGUGAUCCUGCACAAGUGGGGAAAACUGCCACAGGCGUUCCGUGACCUGUGGACCAAUGAGCGGCUGUUGAACGCUGUAGAACAGUUCGUGGGACCGAACAUCGCCGGGCACCCUGUGUGGAACCUCAGGACUAAGACCCCGAGUAACGAACAAGUUACCGUUCCCUGGCACCAAGACAACGCGUACCUGCAACCGCCGUCUCUCGGGACGCUCCAGCCCACCGCCUGGAUCCCGCUGCUGGACGCCACCAAGAAGAACGGAUGUAUGCAGAUCAUGCGCGGAGGCCAUAAGAAGGGCAUCACGGCUCCUCACGUCUGCUGUGCCGGGGGAACCUGGUACGUGGAGCUGUCAGAGGAGGACAUGGAGAAAACACUGGGCUGUGACCUUGAGAAUGACAUAGUGACAUGUGAGGUGCCCUAUGGCGGUGUUCUCUUCCUCAACAACUGUGUUCCACACCGCAGCCUAGAGAACUACUCGGAUGAGAUCCGCUGGAGUCUGGACCUCCGCUGGCAGGACCCUGCCAAACCGUCCGGGUUCUGGGGCGACAGGGAACACGUCCUCAUGAGAACCGAAGAGGAUCCUGGGUACAAACCGGUUUGGGACGGUUUUGUUGACGUCAGCAAACACAUCCGGUAUGAAGAGAUAAUGAAAGGUGAGGAACAGGAGCAUAACGAAGACGAGUUCGACCCGACCAUCCAGGGCCCGUGGAUGUUGCGGUGGAAGAUCGUGCACCACAACAGACACACCAAGGGGAUAGAAGAGGGGCACGACAAAAUGUCUACCUGGCACAAGGCUUAAAGCACAAAACACACCAGAGAUUAUGUGGAAAAAAUUCAAAAUUUGAUCCAAUACUUAAUAUCAUAGCACCAGGGCAUAACAAGAUGUCCACAUUGCACAAAGCGUAGAGCACAAAACACACCAAAAACUAAAUGAAAACAGUCGACACUGUCACAAUGGGCCUAAACCUAGUUUGUUCUUUGACUAGUACAAGUUGUAAUUUUGUAAUCACAUACCCAAUAUUAAAGCACCAGGGGAGAGAGGAGGGUCAUAACAAGAUGUCUGCAUGGCACAAGGCUUACAGUACAAACCACACCAGAGAUUAUGUGGGAAAUAGUCCAAAUUUGAUCAAAUACCAGGGCAUAUCAAAUAUCAUAGCACCAGGGCAUAACAAGGUUAAGAGUACAAAACACACCAGAAACUAGAGGGGGAAAGUAAAAAAUGUCACAAUGGAUCCAAAACCUUAAGUUACUUCUUUGAUUAGUCAAAAUGUUAUCACAUACCUAGAGAAGCUGAGAUCCAAUAUCAUAGAACCAGAUGGAUAGAAAAGGGCAUAAUAAGAUGUCUACCUGACACAAAGCGUAGAGUCCAGAGAAAAGACAGAGCCAACAAUGUCACAAGCGAGACCAACAUUAUCUCUUUCAUCAUUCAAAAUCUAAUCACAUACCCAAUAGCAUAGCACCAUAGGGAUAGAGGAGGGGCAUAACAAGAUGUUUACCUGGCGCAAGGCGUAGAGUACAAAACACGCUUUAAACAUGAGGGAUCAAGUCAACAAUGUGACUAUGGGCCCAAAACCUUAACCCUAUCUAGGUCAGGUGGGGGGAUAUGGGCUCAAAGUGCCUGCGCCGAAUUUGACGUCGUAUAACUGCCGUACGACGUGAGCUAGGACUACGAAACUUAGUGACUUUUUCUAAAAUGUAGUUGAGAACACUUCUACGAUAAACUAUAAGUUUGUGUGUUUCUCUCCCGUCAGAUGCUGCUGAAAGGUUUCAUAAUGAAAA